AUGUUAAGCUUUCUGCAGCAAAAGGAUAAUCCUGACGAGUCUCACGAAUGCUUGGAAAAUUGCAUGAAUGCUAUUUAUAAUUUAGACAAGGAGGUUCGUCAAUGCUACGCUGAAAACAUCAACUAUGGGAAGAAUGAGCUCGCAAGAAUAAUGUUACUUGAUGGCUGCUUCAUCUUAGAACUCUUCCUCAGGUACUACGCCAAGAGAGUGGAAAAAGAAGACGGCCCUGAUCCAGUACUAAAAAGUGCUUGGAUGAUCGCGGCUCUUCAGCAUGAUUUGGCUUUGCUUGAAAACCAAAUCCCUUUCUUUAUUCUCAAACGUUUGUAUGACACUGUCCACCCUCGUGUAGUGAUCAACGGCCAUGAAGCACCACACUCGGUUGCUGGUCUUGCUCUCAUGUUCUUUCAACCUUUGAGCGGAAAGCCGAUAGCUAAAGAUCAACACGAGCUGGGGACAGACUUCAAGCACUUGCUUGAUCUCUUGCACAAAUUCUACUUCCUCAGAGUUGGAGUGCCUGGCCAUGAGGUGUCAAUUAAGAUCAAGGUCAAUCAUGUGGAAUUGGUUUCCAAGGUUAAAUCACAACAAUCUGCAUGCCUUUUUAUGAGAAAAAUAUUUAAGAGAAGAAAGCAACAAACUGCUUCAUGCCUUCCCGAACCUGAUGAGCCAGCAACAAACAACAAGUGGGGAUUCAACUAUUGCGCUUCGGAACUUUUGGAGUCUGGGAUCCAGUUUCAGAUUGGUUCUUGGGAGGACAAUUUGUUGAACAUAACAUUCAGCAACGGGGUCAUCAGCAUUCCCCAGUUGAUCAUUGACGAGGCUACCAGUUCAGUGUUCAGGAACCUCCUUGCCUUCGAGCAAUACAGCCUUAGCUCUACACAUGGCGUGACGUCGUAUGCCUUCCUCAUGAAGAGUCUCAUCCGUUCCUCAGCGGACAGCAAGCUGCUCCGAGAAAAAGGGAUCAUAAGGCAUAAUAGGAUUGGAGACCAUGAGUAUUUGAGUCAGUUCAAGGAUAUUCUUGAUGAAGUUGUUGUGAAGGACGACUUCUAUUUUGAUAAAUUGCGAGACCAAGUGAACGAGUAUUGCACGUCCUGGUGCAGCUUGAGCAAGCUUCAAGUAUUUCUGAGGGUGCGAUUUCUAAGAGAAAUAAGGGUCCUUUUCAGCACCUACUUCUCUUCCACAUGGAGUUUCACAUCUUUCCUGGCUGCGUUUGCCCUUCUCAUUCUCACUUCCAUACAAACAUACUACACCAUUCACCCUCGCAGAUGA